AAAACAAACACCUCCAUUUUCAGCCUCUCUUCCGAGAAAGCUACUCACCGUACUUCCAUGGCAAAAGUUUUGUCCAAUUUCAACUGAAAGUCCGCCAUUAUAUUUUCUUCCUCUCUCCAAAUCUUUUCCUCUUCUUUUUAGUUUUGUCUCUAAUGGCGGCUGUUACUUCGUUGUCAUUCUCGGCAUUAACUCAAUCUUUUGAGAGGAAACUGAACAUUUCUUCUACUCGGACAUUUGCUUCCGCUUUUGACUCUGUUCGUCUGCGUUCUUACCAUUUUUCGUCUACUCUGACAGUAAGAGAUUCAAUUUCCUCUUAUGGUAUGGUUAUCCGGUGCUUGUCCUCUUCCUCAGAUGCCCCUCCAGUAUCGGAGACAAAGUUAAAUUUUCUUAAAGCCUAUAAAAGGCCAAUCCCUAGUAUCUACAACAAUGUGCUACAAGAAUUGAUUGUUCAGCAACACUUGACGAGAUACAAAAAGGCCUAUAGAUAUGAUCCUGUCUUUGCUCUUGGUUUUGUUACUGUCUAUGAUCAGCUAAUGGAGGGCUAUCCCAGUGAGGAAGAUCGAAAUGCCAUCUUUGAAGCUUACAUUAAAGCACUAAAAGAGGAUCCAGAGCAGUACAGAAAAGAUGCACAGAAACUGGAGGAAUGGGCUCGCGCCCAAACACCUGCUUCAUUAGUUGAGUUCUCAUCAAGAGAGGGUGAAAUUGAGGAAAUGUUGAAGGACAUUGCUAGAAGAGCUGGUGAAAAUGGUAGUUUCAGCUACAGUCGGUUCUUUGCAGUGGGCUUGUUUCGUCUCCUUGAAUUGGCUAAUGCUUCUGAACCCACCAUCUUAGAAAAGCUUUGCUCAGCCUUGAAUGUAAACAAGAAAAGUGUAGAUCGCGAUCUUGAUGUAUACCGCAACCUCCUCUCAAAGCUUGUGCAAGCUAAAGAGCUGUUGAAAGAAUAUGUAGAAAGAGAGAAGAAGAAAAGAGCAGAGAGAUCAGAUGUACAAAAAGCUAGCGAGGCGGUUACAAAUUGCUUGGGAGCGUACUAACUUUGUUGCUUGUAACUUAGAUGUCGAUAUAACAUUGAUGUCGAUAUAUAUAAAUAUUUUUUCUCAUUGUCUGUGGUGCCAUUAUUUCAUGCUCCGUCGUAACUUAGAUGAGCUUGAAAGCUAUGUCAAUAUUGUUCCCUGUUAUAUGAGGUUGCUUGUACCUGUAAUUAGUGAUUUUAUUCCCCCUUCAGUGAAAAAAUUCUCUGGCAAUGUGUUUUAUAAUGAAGAAUUGCUAGUUUUGGAUGCAAA